UCUUCUUAUCGCAAGCAGUUAUGAAUUCAUAGUCCUGCUCACACGUGGGGUGGGGCCGGGGAGGAAGGGGAGUAGGAGGGAUUUGGGGGUUCCCCGCCUCCCUCCCUUGUCCACCCCUCGCCUUCCAUCCAUCCACCUGGAGUUCCUGAGCGGCUCGUGCGUGGGGCGGAACCGCAGGCAGAGAGAUGGCAGGAAGAGAAGAGGCACAGUCCCCUACUCCCUCCAGGCCUGCGUGCUUCCUGGGGGAGAUGGGUGCACCCCGCCCUGGAGAUUAAACCAGAAGAAAAUGAUGUGGUGACCCUUUCUGAGCCCAGCUAUUCCAUAUGGAAUGCAGUGUCCCAUGCCCUCCAUAAAACGCUGUUGAACAAAACUGAGAUGGGAUCUAAAGCAUACAGAAACAUGGACCGGCUUCUUCCAUGCCAGAAUUCAGUAACCUUCAAUGAUGUGCAUGUGAAAUUCAGCCAAGAAGAGUGGGCUUUGCUGGAACCUUCCCAGAAACAACUCUACAAAGAUGUAAUGCUAGAGACCUGUAAAAACCUCACUGCUAUAGGCUACAAUUGGGAAGAUCAUAAUAUCGAAGAACAUUUUCAAAGUUCUACAAGUAAUAAAAGGCAUGAAAGCAAUCAUACUGGAGAGAAACCCUUAAAAUGCACUCUGUGUGGUAAAGCCUUCUCCUAUAUCACUGUUCUCAUACGGCAUAAAAGAACACACACAGGAGAGAAGUCUUACAAAUGUAAUCAAUGUGGUAAAGCCUUUGCAACAAACAGUCAUCUCCUGUGGCAUAAAAGAACACACACUGGAAAGAAACCUUAUGAAUGUAACCAGUGUGGUAAAGCCUUUGCACAAAACAGUCAUCUCAUAAGCCAUAAAAGAACACACACUGGAGAGAAACCUUAUGAAUGUAAUGAGUGUGGUAAAGCCUUUGCAGAAAACAGUACUCUCUUAAACCAUAAAACAACACACACUGGAGAGAAACCUUAUGAAUGUAAUGAGUGUGGUAAACCCUUUGCACGAAACAGUUAUCUCUUAAGCCAUAAAAGAACACACACUGGAGAAAAACCUUAUGAAUGUAACCAGUGUGGUAAAGCCUUUGCUCGAAACAGUACUCUCAUACGGCAUAAAAGAACACACACUGGAGAGAAACCUUAUGAAUGUAACCAGUGUGGAAAAGCCUUUGCGGAAAACAGUAAUCUCUUAAGCCAUAAAAGAACACAUACUGAAGAGAAACCUUAUGAAUGUAACCAGUGUGGUAAAGCCUUUGCACGAAACCGUACUCUCUUAAGCCAUAAGAGAACGCACACUGGACAGAAACCUUACGAAUGUAACCAGUGUGAUAAAGCCUUUGCACAAAACAGUCAUCUCAUAAGCCAUAAAAGAACACACACUGGAGAGAAACCUUAUGAAUGUAACCAAUGUGGUAAAGCCUUUGCAGAAAACAGGACUCUCUUAAGCCACAAAAGAACACACAGUGGAGAGAAACCUUAUGAAUGUAACCAGUGUGGUAAAGCCUUUACAGAAAACAGGACUCUCUUAAGCCACAAAAGAGCACACAGUGGAGAGAAACCUUAUGAAUGUAACCAGUGUGGUAAAGCCUUUGUACAAAACUGUCGUCUCAUAAGCCACAAAAGAACACACAGUGGAGAGAAACCUUAUGAAUGUAACCAGUGUGGUAAAGCCUUUGCAGAAAAUAGCAAACUCAUGCGGCAUAAUAGAACACAUACUGGAAAGAAACCUUAUAUGUAUACUCAACAUGAUAAAGCCCUUGCACAACAGAGUAGUCUCCGAAAACAUGAAAAAACACACAGUGGAGAGAAGCCUGGUGAUUGUAAUUAGUGUGAUAAAACCUUUGCAUGUAACAGUCAUCUCCUAAGACAACAACACAUUCUGGAGGGAAACCACAUGAAUAUAACUAUGUGGCAAAACGUUUGCAUGUAACAUCUCUUAAUACAUAAAGGAACACAUACUGUAAAGAAGCUGUCUGACUGCAUCCAAUGUGAAUAAACUUUUGCACUUCAGAAUCAUCUUCAAACUCAUGAAAGAAAUCCUAAUGGACAGAAAGCCUACGAAUGCUUUUAACAUGGUGAAACCAUUAUAUAUUUGUAUAAUUUUCAUCAUCAUGAAAGGAUUCAUACUGGAGAGAACUUAUGAAUGUGUUAAAACAGUGAGGCCUUGCACAAAUCUAGAGUCAUCAUCAUCAUAAAAGUAUCCUUACUGGAGAGGAGUUCUGCGAUUAUAAGCAUUGUGGAGAAGCCUUUGUGUUCUUUGGUCCACUGAAAUCCAACAGAACUGUAAAACUAGCUCAAUGGAAAUGACCUCCCCUUUCUGAAGGGGAAAGGGAAUAGGGGCAAUAGGAAUGGAACGUAGUCAUGGGGCAGAGAAGGGAGGGGGAUUACAAUUUGAAUUUAAAGUAAAUAAACUUAUUUUUAAAACAAUACAA